AUGAUUGCCAAGUCUGCAUCAGAAGAAGAACAUGUGGGGCACCUAUUGAAGUUGUUCCAACGUUUGAGAAAAUACAAGCUGCGUCUGAAUCCGAGUAAGUGCACAUUUGGUGUCCGCUCUAGAAAGCUACUAGGUUUCAUCGUUAGCCAAAGAGGUAUUGAGGUUGACCCCGACAAAGUCAAAGCCAUUCUAGAAAUGCCUCCUCCAAAAACCGAAAAACAAGUCAGUGAUGUUAUCAAAUAUAUGUCGAAUUGGAAAAUGCAUAGUCGAAUUGGAAAAUGGGUGUUAGCCCUAACUGAGUACUCUUUGGCUUUUAUGCCUUUAAAAUCUAUGAAGGGACAGGUCGUCUCAGACUUUAUAGUUGACCAUGCAGUGGUUGAAAACCCCCAACUUUAUGUGGAAUUGAAACCUUGGAGAUUGUUCUUCGACGGUUCUACCCAUAAAGAGGGUAGUGGAGUUGGAAUUUUAUUAAUUUCUCCUAAUGGAAUUCCAAUAAAAUUCAAGUAUCGAAUCGAAGGCCCUCUUUGCUCAAACAAUGAAGCAGAGUACGAAGCCCUUAUUGUAGGACUUGAAGCCUUGUUGGAAUUGGGGCAACCAAGACUGCUCAAUUUUUUUGAAUAUGUGGACAUAAAACAUGUUCCAAGAAUAAAAAAUCAAGAAGAAAAUGACUUGGCACAAAUAGCUUCGGGUUACAGGAUCUCGAAAGAGAAACUGGAGGAAUUAGUCGAGGUUAGAGGAAAAGUGAUGGCUACGAGAUUAUCUCCAAGAGAUUUGGAAAAUACGCAGUUAGGAUAUGCAAACAAAGAAGAGUUCAAAGUGCUAGCCAUUGAUACUUUAAUAGAUACCGAUUGGAGAAGUCCAAUCCUCAACUAUCUGAAAAAUCUUUCGAUAGAUACAGAAAGGAAGAUUAAGUACAUAGCCUUGUCUUACGUUCUUAUGGAAACGAAUUGUUCAAAAAGUCUCUCGAAGUCAAGUUCUGACAGUCGAGCUUGCGGAUUUCUUCCUGACGAUCCUUCGGUGUCUGCAUCUUCUGCUGUAGUAAAGAUAUUUCAUGCUUCCAGGCUUUAA